AUGACGUCUGACUCUGCCGCCGCCGCCUUGUCGUCCAGCGCUGCGGCCUCGCUUGUGGACAAGCUGAUCCACAAGCUGCUGCACAACGAGGAUGCGGACGGCAAGUUCCUGCUCCCGCUCGAGGAUGGGCGCGUCAUCGACACCAAAGGCUGGAACGGCUGGGAGUGGACACACGGCGUGGCGCUAUAUGCGCUCUUUGAGCACCACGAGCUCACCUCCUCUCGCACCUCGCUUGCGAUCAUUCACGACUGGUUUGCCGCUCGCAGGAAGGAAGGAGGCACGACCAAGAACAUCAAUACGAUGGCGGCGCUGCUCUCGCUCGCGUUCGUGUACGAGCGCGACCCCGACUCGCAUACCGAGUACAAGGAUUGGCUCGUCGAGUGGGCCGAGUGGGUCAUGGCCGACGCAGUUAAUGGCGGACUUCCAAAGACACAAGAGGGCGGGUUUCAGCACAUCACAUACGACUCCGAGAACAAGGGCCAGCUGUGGGACGAUACGCUGAUGAUGACCGUCCUCCCACUAGCCAAGAUCGGCAAAGUGCUCGGGGUGCAAAGGUACAUCGAGGAGGCAAAGUACCAGUUCUUGCUCCACAUCAAGUACCUCUAUGAUGCAGUAACCGGCUUGUGGUUCCACGGUUGGACGUUCGAAGGACGCCAUCACUUUGCAGGCGCACACUGGGCCCGUGGCAACUGCUGGAUCACCCUCGCCAUUCCGCUCUUCUUCCACAUCCUCGGCGACGACCAGGAUCUUGCCGACCAUGCAUCUCCGCUCUCCAAACACUUGAUCGGCACGCUAGAGGCACAGCUCGAUGCGCUGCUGCCGCUGCAGGAUCCUGCUACCGGUCUGUUCCACACCCUGCUCAAGUACAAGGACUCGUACGUCGAGUCAUCCGCCUCGGCAGGCUUUGCUGCAGGUGCACUCCUCGCACUUCGAUUUGGACUCAUCAAGGAUGCCGACAAGCAGCGAAAGUACAGGGCGCUGGCGGACGCGGCUCUGAAGGGCGUCGUUGAUAUGAUCGCCGAAGACGGAGAGCUGCAGCAAACCUCGUUCGGGACUGCCAUGGGUCACGACCUCGACUUCUAUCGCAACAUCCCCAUCACUCCCAUGCCCUAUGGCCAGGCUCUGGCUCUGCUUGCCAUUGUAGAACACAUGGCGCUCGACGCUUCGCCCAGGGCCUAG